UGCAAACGAUUUUCCGCGUACCCUAUGUAUAAAUUGUGUAGUAAAACGUUUGUUUUUCCUGCGGAAAAUUUUACUCUCCACGUUAAAAUGAAUCGCGUGUGAUUGUGGGUAAUUCGCAGUAAUCUCAGCUUGUUUUGAAAUAAUCUGAAAAUCAAUACGAACUACAGUAAAUCAAUGUGAAUUGGAAAAAAUGAGUGGCAUCGCAACAAAUUUAGUGUGGAGGCAAUUCAGACGAAUGUGCUCUAAAUCAAGGGAACAGCACGCUAAGGCAAGAUUUAUUUCGAUAAAAGAAAAAAUUAUUUCAAAUACCAUGAUUUCAAAAAAUCACCUCACUCCGGAAAUAUCACUGCACCUGAUAACUAGUGAAUGCAAAUUAUUCCAUGAACCAGUUUGCGAAGGCACAGAAAGAGUGUUUGAUAACGAUCCCUUCUGGGGUUUUUACUGGCCAGGAGGACAAGCGUUAAGUAGAUUCAUUUUGGAUACACCUUCUGUAGUGAAGAGCCUCAGAAUCUUAGACGUGGGAAGCGGGAGUGGAGCCUGUUCGAUUGCAGCUAAAAUGAGUGGUGCGAAAAUUGCAGUUGCAAAUGACAUAGACUAUGGAGCAAAAGUGGCAGCAGAUUUAAAUGCGGAGCUAAACAACGUAAUUAUUUCCACAUGUACACAAAAUCUAAUCGGGAAUUUUUGCAAGGAUUUCGAUGUAAUACUAGUCGGAGAUGUUUUCUAUGAUAAGGACAUUGCUGACCAGAUUUUACCUUGGUUGACGAAUUUGCGGAAAAAAGGAAAGGAGAUAUACAUCGGAGAUCCUGGCCGACAUGGUUUGUCGACUGACGCAAUGAACCUAAUGGAUAAGGUGCUAACUUAUGAAUUACCAGAAAACUGUUGUAUUGAGAAUAAUGGAUUUAAAAUUGUUAAUGUUUGGAAGGUAAAAUAAUUGGAAGUAUAAAGAUUUUGUGUUAGAACUUUC